AGAGAGGACGCAUCUGUCAAAUUCUUCUUUUCUGCAUCGCAUCGAAAAAAAUUUUCCUAAAAUAUAAAAUGAUUAACAAGUUAUUAAUUUUUCCAUCUAAUGCCUUUUUCUGGUCGUGACACGAGUUUGACAGCAAUAUAAAUAUUUAAAUAUCUAAUGAGAAGAAUUCUUACCUCAGGUUUAUAGGAAAAAAUUGGCAGAGAACUAAUCAGCGAUGGAUUAUCGUAGUGAGCAGUUGAUGAAAGAUGAUGUGUUGGAAGCGAAAGGCACAUCUAACAAUAAAACUAACACUAAUGUGUCUGUCAAAAGUGAUAGAGGGAAAGAUGUCAAGUCAAGAAUCCCCUCGUUGCCUAAUAAUAGUAAGCUCAAGGUGGAAAUGCGAACACUGCAAAUAUCCGAGGAAUCUGAGCAACAGCUCUAUGACAGUCUUUUGCAUAUUUAUGGAAAUAAUUUUAAACUUACUGACACCGUAGAGCUUGAAAACAAAACAUCAAAUUUGGACAAGCAGUACUGGAUGGAACAAGGUGCUUUAGUUGUCAAAGGAAUAGUAGAUUAUUCUUCUAAAGAUACCACUCCUAAGACCCAGGACCAAAUAGUGAAGCAGUUUGCGACAUCUAAAUUAGAAAGUUAUGGUUUUCAUCUUUCACAUUGUAUGCAAGCUUUAACGCAUACAAAAAGCAAUGUGGGAAAAUCUUUGGAAAUGUUAUUUUACAAGUACUAUGGACUUGAAAAUAUUCAAAACAAUAUAAAUUCUGAAAUUCCGGAUGCUGCUGAAUUAUUGGAAAGACAACAGGAUGAAAAGGAGGCACUGGAAUCAAUUUAUGGUGAUGCAUUUGUUGAAAAAAUAAAAAAUUGUAUUUGGAUGGUGGAAUUAAAAUUAGAUUAUUUAACAAAUAAUAAAACAAUUGAACAAGAAGGCAAAAAACUGCAAGAGAAGAAGCAAGAGAAAAUAUGUCAACUUUUCAUCAACAAUAAAUGCAGAUUUAAAGACAAAUGCAGAUUUCUACACCAAUUACCACAGAAAGUUUUCAAUGUGCCAAUUCUAGAAGAUUCAUACUUUACGCUAGAAAUAAGAUUUCCUGAAGGAUGUAAAUAUCCAUAUGAAGCUCCAUAUUUUUAUUUUUAUAAAAAUAAUGAAAUAUUUCCACGUAUAAAAUGUCUUAGGAUAGCAAGAAGAUUGCAUAAUGAAGCUUUAUCAUUAUCUCAGGAUGGUAUUCCGUCGAUAUUUUCUAUAAUUUCACUAUUAGAAAAUGAAUAUGAAAUAAAAACUUAUUUAGAAGAAGACAAGGAACAAUUUUUGCAUCAGUAUGAACCACUGUGUCCAAAGAUACAAGAGAAAGAAGAAGGAGGAGCUAGUCAUUACAAACUUGGUAGUACUAGUAAAAGAAACAGAGAUAAUAUUUCCUGGGAACAGAUUACUGAGGAAGACGAUUUGAUAGAAAAAUUUAAGGAUAAACAGAAAAAUUCUAAUUAUAUGAGAAUGCAGGAGACACGAAAAAAACUACCUGCUUGGUCCAAGAUAGAUGAAAUUUUGGAAAUUGUACACAAAAAUCAGAUUGUUAUCAUUUCUGGUGAAACCGGAUGUGGCAAAAGUACUCAGGUACCACAGUUUAUUUUAGACAACUGGAUUAUGAAUAGAUCACAGUCUGAAGAUAAGCCUCGCAUUAAUAUAAUAUGUACUCAACCACGAAGAAUAAGUGCAAUAGGGGUUGCGGAACGAGUGGCAGCUGAGAGAGACGAAAACGUAGGAAAUACCGUUGGAUAUCAGAUACGUUUGGAAAGCAAAAUGUCUAGUAAAACGCGACUGACAUUUUGCACCAUGGGAAUAUUGCUGCAGAGAUUAUCAGGGGAUCUCGAAUUAUCGGAUGUAACUCACGUUAUAGUUGACGAGGUUCAUGAGAGAAGCGCCGAGAGCGAUUUCUUACUGAUGCUCCUAAAGGAAUUGUUAUCGAAAAGGCCGUCUUUGAAAAUAAUACUGAUGAGCGCGACGCUCAACGCCGACGCAUUCUCCUCAUAUUUUGGAAAAGCAUUGAUUCUAAAUAUCCCAGGAAAAACUUUUCCAGUCGAGCAGAUCUUUCUCGAAGACGCACUUGAAAGAACGGGAUACGUUCUUGAAGAAGAUUCCGAGUUCGCUCGUAAGAACAAGUAUGAUUGGGAUCAGUUUCAAAUCGACUUGGAGAUGGCGGAUAUGAAUAUCAGCGAAGGCGCCAACCCACCCAAGGAAUCUAUCCAGGACGAAGAUUUGACGUUGACGCAACUCAUUAGUAGAUAUCGUGGUUAUUCAAAGCAGACGUAUAAAAAUUUAUAUAUCACGAAUCCGGAAAGGAUUAAUUUUGAAUUGGUAGAAAAGAUUUUAGAAUGGAUUGUUUUCGGAGAACAUGAUUAUCCUAAAAUGGGUUCUAUUUUAGUAUUCCUACCAGGUAUGAAUGAUAUUCUCGCAUUGAAAAGUCGAUUAUCCCACAAUAACAAUUUCUCGCCAAAUAAUAAACGAUUUCUUAUCAUACCUCUGCAUUCGAGCCUUUCUAAUGAGGAGCAAAAUCUUAUAUUUAAAAAACAAAAGGAUGUCCGCAAACUCGUACUUAGCACAAAUCUGGCUGAAACAUCUAUAACUGUAGACGAUUGUGUAUUCGUGAUCGAUACGGGAAAGAUGAAGGAGAUUAGAUUUAAUUCCAAUCAGAAUAUGGAAAGUUUAGAGGCCUGCUGGAUAUCGCGAGCGAACGCUGUGCAAAGAAAGGGACGUUCUGGUCGAGUUAUGCCCGGAAUUUGCAUCCAUUUGUACACUUCGCAUAGAUUCAAGUAUCACUUUGCUGCGCAACCGACGCCAGAAAUAUUAAGAAUACCUCUGGAAUCGCUACUUCUACAUAUCCAGCUGAUGCACAAAGGAAAGAAGGUGGAUCUGUACGAAAAAUUGGGAAGGAUGAUAGAACCACCGAUGAUCGACAGUAUUACGAGUGCGAUAACGCGUUUGCAAGAUGUCGGUGCCUUUAAUUCGGAACAUGUGUUAACAACGCUCGGUCAUCAUCUAGCCAAACUACCUGUAAACGUACGAAUUGGAAAAUUGAUAUUGUACGGCGAUUUUUGCUGCUUGGAUUCCGCGCUCACUAUCGCCGCAUGUUUGUCGCACAAGAGUCCCUUUAAUGUACCAAUUGAUAUGAUAAGAAAGAUUGAUCCCAAAAAGAAUUUCUUCAUGGCUGAGUCUGAUCAGUUAACCGUCCUCAACGCUUAUAAGAAAUGGUUGGCUGCGUGUUCGCGCAGUACUUAUGCCGGCAAAGUGUUCGCCGAGAAAAAUUAUUUAUCCUUACAAACAUUACGUAAUUUAGCGGACAUAAAGUAUCAAUUUCUGGAGUUGUUAGUAUCGAUCGGUUUCGCACCCAUUGAUUUACCCAAGAGACGACCUAAGAUCGACAAUAUCUUAGAAAUGACUGGAGUCGAACUGAAUGUCAAUAACGAAAACUGCAAGCUGCUGCAGGGUCUACUCUGUGCAGCUUUAUAUCCUAACAUCGUGAAGGUUUUUACACCCGGAAAGUCGUUUCAAGCGCAGUCAACUGGGAUGAUACCAAUGCAGCCUAAAUCGAAAGAGUUGAAGUUCCAGACGAGACGAGACGGUUUCGUCAGCAUUCAUCCGUCGUCAGUGAACUUUCACGUUGGACAGUUCACGAGUCCGUACUUGGUAUUCCAGGAGAAGAUGAAGACCAGCCAGGUUUACAUCAAGGAAGUGUCCAUGAUUCCAAUGCUGUCUUUAAUAUUAUUCUCCAGUUAUGAAGUGCGCACGGAAAUACACAAUGGAAGAUAUAUGCUUUCUUUGGACGAUGGUUGGAUUAUGUUCGCCAUGGAAUCACACAAUGUGGGACUACUUUUGCAAAGAAUGAGAAUAGAACUGGCAAAAUUACUGGAGCAAAAGAUGCAAGAUCCUUUGUUGAAUCUCUUAAACCAUCAACAAGGCAAAUCCAUUAUACAUACAAUUGUAAAUAUAGUAACAAAGGAAUAGGCGAGAAAAGAAUUUAAUAAGUUAGUUACCAUUACAAAUGUAAAAUAUGUGAGGCCUUAAGAAAAAGCAAACGGCGUUAUGUAUAUAUAUUAAAAGAAAAGAAUUUUAAUAUAUAAGAUAGAAAAGCUAGCGUUCCGACAUUUUAUUUUUUAUUAAAAUGACAUGUCGAUGAAUAGCUUUUGAAGGAGCUAAUAUCUUUGACUUUGGCAAUUUGCAAUAAACCAUUCAUAUUCGACAAGUUCAUAAUUGCAAUUAAAGAAAAUAUAUCGCAUGUUGCCUGCCAA